AUAUGGGACUUGCGUAGAAUGAACUCAAUUACCGGGCAACCAAAGAACGCUUGUAUACUCGAUGCAUCCAGUGUACGGGAAUCCGUGGAUUGUUACUUCUCUAGUCCCGUCUCGGAACCGCAUCGAUGCACUUGCUGUGAUCCACACGGACCGGCAGAGGUGAUACCGAUUUCCGGGACACCGUGGGUCAAGAACCCAGCCCAAGAAUCGGGCGAGUAUCCAUAUGCAGCACGUUUGCUGCCCAGUCGUGCCAUUGUGGCCGCCGGGUCCGGGUUUCAGGAAGUUCGUGUGGUCGGACGUGACACAUUAUUGCCGAUUGCCCGUGUCCCUAUGGAUUCUGUGGUGCAGACAUUGGAUACAAUUCUCGAUGGACGCUACAUUGGUGCCGGAUGCUCCAGUGGAACUGUUGCCAUCAUAGGACUAGCUUAA